CAUUGUUGACAUCAAAGCCGUGGGGCGGCUACCAGCUACGGGAGCUGCUGUUGCUGCUUGUGGUGGUGGUGGUGCUGGUGGUGGUGCUGGUUGUGGUGGUGGUGCUGCUCAAUCUCUCUCCGCUGCUGGCUUGCCGCUAUCCUCCUGGUCCCGGCGACAGCGCUGUGAUACAGCCGGCACAGCAGACACACACACACACACUCUGCUGCCGUGGCCUACGACAACACUCGGGCUCGCUAAGAGAGAGAAGCGUCGCCUCAAAACGAACAACAACAUCAUCAUCAUCAUCUACGACGACGGUCGUCGCUGCUGGGGACAAGCGGAUUGAUUGAAGGUUGUGCAAGGAAGCAAGGAGAGAGACCGUCUUCUGCGGCACUUGAUUCACAGCAGCAGCAGCAUCGCCGUCGUGGCGUUAGCGAGGGGUGCGUUUCAUCAUCAGCAGCGCCACUGUGCCCACCACCACCACCGCCGUCUUCGUGGCGCGCGUGGGGAACCACGGAGGCGAUUUACAACGUCGAGGAACUGUUUAACAAAAAAAGGGCCGCCUCAACAUCAACAAAUACCAACGUGCGAAAACUACACAACGACAAAAAAAACAUCAACAGCCGAAAGUCAACAACAACAACAACUGCUAACUACAUCAUCAACACCGUCCGCAAUAAACCAGCAGCAACAAGAACAACAACAGUCGACGACGACUUCUACACAAACUGCAAGAACUUCAUUAUCAACAAGAAGAUCGACUACACCAUCGUCACCACCACCACCACCAUCGUCAUCAAACUGCAUAGACUUUAACCCGAGUGCCGUGGUAUACAUUGUAAACACACAAGGACGAGUUGUCAACCUCACGGCACCACCAGCGUCGUUUGGCGAGUUGCUCCUCGCGUCGUGAAGGAAGGCGGCCGGGAGGGAGCGAGCAAUGGAGAGCUCGAAGCCACUGCUGGAUGAAAGACCCCCUCCCUACACGCCUGGUCCCGUGGGAGAAAGGGGGGGACCCCCACCACCGCCAGGCUACCACCCCGGUGGUGGUGGUGGUGGCGGCUAUGGCACCAUGCAGCCCGCACCACAACAGUACCAACCCCGAGGCCACCCCUACCAACAACAACAGCAACAUCAGCAGCAACAUCAACCGCAGUUCCAGCAGCAGUAUCAACCGCAGCACCAUGCAGGGUACACUGUGAUUGCCCCUGCGGGGUACGCGGGCGCCUACCCCACCAUGGUGCAGCCGGACUCCUCGCUCAUGCAGCCCCCCAUCACCUCCGUGCUCGUUGUGGGGGGCUGCCCCGCGUGCAGGGUGGGCGUGCUGGAGGACGAGUACACCUGCCUGGGCAUCUGCUGCGCCAUCCUCUUCUUCCCGAUCGGCAUCCUGCUCUGCCUGGCGCUGCGGGAGCGCCGCUGCCCAAACUGCGGCGCCGUCUUCGGCUGAGGACGCACCCGGACUCGCGCACGGAGAGAGCGCCCCGGGGUUCAGCCCGAGUGUAACCCUGACCGCCCCCCUGACCCCACUCCCAACUCUGAGCCCCUAACCGUGAUUCCAACAAUAAACCCCGUGACCAUGAUAUGUACAGUUGCCCCCCCACCUCAUCUUGACGUGAACGUUGACACCCUAACCCCAACCUCAACCCGAAACCAUUGACCCUAACCCUGGCUCCUAACGCAAACCCCUAACCCUAUCUAUGCCCCUAACCCUGACCCACUAACCCCAACUCCCAACACUAAAUCACUAACACUAGAUCUGAGGCUAACUGUAACCCUCGCUCUUAACUGUGCGUCACUCGCAUCACACCACUCGCACCGCAUCACUUCACUUACAAACUCAACUCGCCACACCACCUACAUGCACACAUAUCACCAUGCUGCUUACCAAACCACCACACCACCCAUCUCGCGCCUCACCACCCAACUCACCACACCACCAAACUCGCACCACACCACCCAGCUCACCACAGCACACCACCCAACACACCACCCACACUGCCCCAGGCACCUGACUGCAGGGGUGUCACGGAGUGGACGGUGGGUCUGUGCGUGGGUGUGUUGUACACGUGCAAUUUGUACCACAGUAUUUACGUUUGUAAAGUGUUUGAAUGCCGGCAUAGCUAAUGGGAAAUGGAACUCAAGGGUGUAUUUGGGAAUAUAGGGGGUGGUGGAUGUUGGCUAUUCGUGGUGUGUGUGUGUGUGUUCCCUAAAUGACAUCGAUGUCACCAUAUUUUCUGGAUUAUAAAGACGCUCCAGAAAGUAAAAGAAGCACUCCAACCUGGUGCCCUGAUGCUAAAAAUAGUUGAACACGUAGUAGUGGUAGUAGGAGACGUUCGCGACCAUUAUUGUCCAUAAUUGAGGUUUUUCUUUUUUGGGUAAGAUCGCGUCGGAGGAUUUCUCCACAACUCUGGCUGCAGCCUGAUGAGGCUGGUUGUUGUAAUUACCGGCGAAAUGUCGUGGUGUUUGUAACCCAACACAAGUGGUGUGCUGAACUAGUAGCGAAUUGGCACGUUUUGUUUACGGAACACUACCUUAGUAAUUGGCUGCGUGGGGUGACAGCGGGUUUAGCUACACAUUUAUAUUUACGCGAUCUAACCCAAAAGAAACCCCCUCUAUUAUGGAUAAUAAAGUUAUAACAAAUCUGGUUUCUCUCGCGCGCAACAAAGACAAAAGUCCCCUUUAUAGCCUUAACAGACUGUUGGGGCAAGUGCUGUUAGCGAGCACCUAUGAAGGCGCACACACGUGUGCACACACGCACGACUUACCGGAUUAUAAGUUCCCCCCCCCCCCAACCUCUUCUUAAACAUCAGCAGAAUACGGUCAUGACGAAGCUGGGGUUGAUGAUCAUGCAAUGAUGGGAGCUUUGAUUUAGUGGGUGGUGGUGGUGUGUGUGAGCAGUUCUCCUUCCUAUCCUGUGAGGCAUCGGCUGUGGGAGGCAGUACAGCAAGCGGGUGUCGAGGCACGAGGCUCCGCGUGGCGGAGAGUGUGCGACUGGGUCUCUGCGUGGGUGGAUUCUUCCUGGCCACUGGAAAGAGUAAUUGGGCAAAUUUCCCAAGCAGAUCUCCAGCCUGGCAGUAUAGUACAAUCUUGUAGAUUCUGAAGCCUUUCUGGCUCAAGAUUUUGAAUCUAAAUGCCGUUCUUCGCACAUUUUCAGAGGGGGGGGGGGGGCACUUUCGCUGAUAAGACAUCACGAGUGUGAGGGCCGCCACCCAUUUGAAACCAUUGGGAUUUGACAGCGGCACGAUGGGGGGUUGUUUUUACAUUUGUGUAUUGUCGGGGGCAGCACUGAAGGUGACCAGUGGCCCGCAGGCCUUUGCGAUGGAGAACACUGGCCUAAAUUAUCCAGGAAAGCCUCGCUUGGUCUCAUGAAUCAUUUUCAGCAGGGCCCUGCAAUGGUGUCUUUGGCCAAUUCCUGCUUGUCGAGUGUUGUGUACGUGCGAAGAAAAACCCCACCGUGCGUACAAGGGGAUUAACGGAUUUGGCACUUCAACCCACUUGCUGGACUGCUGCCUCUUGCAUCCCAGCCGGGAUCCCACGGACCACGUCCACGGCACCGGCUCGCAGGCAUGCGCCACCGUGCCAGGCUAAGUGCGCAAACGGGCGGGGAGGGAGGGGGUGGUGGUUGCGUACGACGUGAUGACACGGAGGAGUCGAAUGUGCCACGAAGAAACGUCUCGUGGCUUCCACAUCCCCAGACAGACGCUCAUGUCCCCGCUCGUGGGCCCCACCCUGGAAGGGGCGGUGGGCCCAGUUCUCCCCCUUCACUGGGCCCUGUCGCGUCCAACUCGGGCUGCUGUUCGCAACAUUUGUUUCCCCCCCCACACUGUGUUCAGCGCUUUGUAUCGGGCUCGCGUUGAGUUGUAACGAGACAAACAUCUCGCGGUAACAUGCGCAACUGCAACGAGAUUACCGUGAUUCUCAUCGUCGUCGUCGUCGUCAUGCCUCGGGUGCGAAGCAUGAGCUGCUGUGGGGUAGUGCAGGAAGGAGGAGAGAAUGGGUUGCCGUGUGGACCGGGAGGAGCCGAGAGGUUGCCAUGGACGACCGUGCGGAGGGAGUUUCGGACGUCACCCACAAUACGCACGCAGAGCUUGUGAUUUUGUCAAAGUUGCCGUGGUUGCCUGAAAUUUACUUGGUGGGGGCCCAUGGCGUUCGUGACGAGCUCUUGUCACCGUGAUAGUACGUUAAACUUCUUUCGCACCCUACGUAGUCAACCGUACUCAUCGGAGGUGCAGGGGAAGGACAACAAACUCGACACAAAAAUCAGUUCUAAAGAAAUUCAUUUUCAAUCAAGAUUAAAAAUGAAGAAGCGUUCCAGACGGCCACGGAAGUGCAUCGGAAAGUGCGUUAAUGGCUAGCCAUAAGCCUCUGCGAGGAUGACCGAAGUUCGCGUGAUGGUUUAGUCUCCUUGAUGAGAUCAGCAACCAGUUGUGGCGAGCGCUGUGUGUGUGUGUGUAACGAGUGCGACCUCAAUGCAACCGGAAGCCAAUGCAGCUCUGCGAGCACCAGACAGACACGGUAUCAUCGGCUCUUGCAGUCACCCAGCGGCGCGUGCGUUUGCCAGCCUCGUGCCCUCCGUCCUGUGUUCCGUUUUAUCGGCAGAAAGGAACGGGGAGGGGGGGGCGUAAAAAGCCACGCUUCUCAUCAUCCUCCCAGCAAUUCGGUGCCAAUGGGCAUUCUGGGAAAUGGAAUUGUGAGGUUUGAAUCCAUGUGCGUGGAGCCUUGAUUGUGUUGCCUUGUUGCAUGCGUGGUAGCAGCGGCGUUCGUUUUCUUCCCCACGAAGUCAAAACGCUCACUAAUAAUGGCAUUGGCCACACGGCCACAGUGUGGCAGGACCCUCCUGAACAAAACCAUAUUCUUGCCAACUCGGUGAGGCCCAUUAUCAACUGUAUUAAAACACGUCCACUAUCGUCAUAACUGAACUCACUAACAAUUAUGUUUACCCAAAAUUCCUGAGAAAUUGUUUGCGACUGCAAAUGUCGCAAUCGUGUGUUUUGUCUGUUUCACGGCAUUGUUAAUGACAAAUGUUAGGGGGUUGAAUGUCUGUGUUCUUGUGUUACCACUGCCAACAGAUUCGUAUUAUUUUUUUUAUAUGGUGGGCUUAUUUAAUAGGGGGAUGGUUUUGUGUUUGAAAUGCCACAGUAUUACCAUUAGUAGUAUUCACGGCCUAUGGGAGGCCAAGUUCUCACCACGUUGAACACAAGCUGUGAGUCGCCCCUUCCCCACCUCACCUCCUCCCCCACCUCCCUCCCCCUCUCCCCACAACCCCCCUUCCCCUCACCUCUCACCCCCCUCCUAACCCCAGCACGGCCGCUGCUGCUGCUGCUCCAUAACGUUUAUAACUCCGGUUCUCGACCCGCGAGUCGCCAGGCUGCGGCACGGAUACCGUGCGGGAGAAAUGUUGGAAUCACACGGGGGGGGGGGGCGGUAGACGUUGUGGCGACAAAACACAGUGACUCGACACGCCAAGAAACCGCAGUGGCACCAUCACUUUCGACAUGAGCUGAUCUCCGUAACCUGGGAAGCACUGCAGACCUGUGGGUCUUGAGUGGUGGGGGUGGUGGUGGGGGUGGUGCCUUAGCGAACCGGUGAAGAACCGUUGGUCUCAACCAGUGGGUCUUCACUCAUCUUCAGAGGGGGGAGGGGGGAAGGCCAUUUUCGCGGAUAAGACAUCAGUUGUGAGGGCCACCACGCAUUUGAAAACAUUGUCGGGUGUGACAGCCUAACAAUGGGUUGCGUUUUCACAUUUUGUGUAUUGAAACAGCGAACUUAACAAAAAAACAUUUGACCAGGUAAGGCCCAUCGAGCUAUUUCAGCUCUUUUUUUUGCCCAACGCGACCCGGCCACAAAUGACAGCUCAACGAAGUGGCUUGUCAUCACGUGGCUUAUCACGUGGACAUUGAUAGCAGACAAAUACUCUUAAAGGCGUGAGGUUGAUUCUAAAUGGGGGGGGGGGGUGGGGGCGGGGAACCGGAGAAAAAUCCACGCGACCACGGAAGAGAUGGAGAGACGCAAACUCCACAACGAUACAGCAGCCAUCAAGGGUCGGGAUCGAACCCACGCCCUCCUGUAUACCUGGCGAGGGAGUCAACAUCGUCGUUUGUGGCCGCACUAAAGGCCACCAGGGGACGCCAGUGGCCUGCGGUUAUAGGGUGUGGAGGGAGAGGCAGAGGUCGCAACCGGGUACCCGAUACCCGUACCCUACCCGAUACCCAGCUACCCAUACCCGGCCGAGUACGGGUAGGCUGUGAGUCACUGGUGAGUAACCGUUUGUCACUCAUUUCGGGUAGGGUACGGGUAGGUUACGGCUACCUGUACCCGGCCGGGUACCCAUUUGCGACCCUUGUAGGGCCGGCUAAGGAAUCAAAACCCGUUUGUGGCCUCUGGGGAGAGGUGCGCGUGGAUGUUGGGUGAGAACGUGGGCCUGGGGCAAGGGGGCUUGAUUACACACCGGUUGACGGGGGGCGGCGGGUGGGGUGUAGGAACCAUUCGUUCACACGUCGCACAACUUUUAACGUGCUAAAUAAUAUAAGCUACCGAUGUUUAAGCUCGGAAUAAAGUAACGUAGAAAAAUUGUCAAAACAAAAUGUAAUAAAACCGUUUACAAAAGC